AUUCGGGUCGCGUCCAGUUGCUGGCAGCCAUCUCUCGCGGUCGCGGCCUCGCGGGCAACCUCCUGUCUUCUCCCCAUCGGAUCCAGUGCUGCGGAUCCGCAUUUCCGCAAGGUAGUCAAUGGCGGCUUCCCCGGCGGAGGCGGGGGCACAGGCGCUGCCCGAGGCGACGGAGGCGAAGGAGAAGGGCAAGCGGGGCGGGGUGCUGAGGAGGGUGUGGCGGGCGCUCUUCGGUGGCCGCGAGGACUUCGAGAAGCGGCUGCAGUACCUAUCCAAGGAGGAGGCCGCCGUGCACGCGCGGAUGCGCCGGCGGACGCAGUUCUCGCGCCGCACCGUGCGAAACCUCAUCGUACUCUCCGUCCUCGCCGAGGUGUUAGCUGUUGUUUAUGCCAUCAUGAUGACAAGAAAUGAGGAUCUAACUUGGCAAAUGAGGGCAAUACGGGUGCUACCUAUGUUCGUUCUUCCUGUUGUAUCCUCUGUCAUAUAUUCAACAGUUGUUAACUUCACAAGAAUGCUUGAGCGGAAAGAUCAGAAGACCCUUGAAAAAUUGAGGGCUGAGAGAAAAGCCAAGAUUGAUGAGCUUAAAGAGAGAACAAACUAUUAUCUUACCCAACAGCUUAUUCAGAAAUAUGAUCUUGAUCCUGCCGCAAAGGCUGCAGCAGCUUCAGUUUUGGCAUCUAAGCUUGGGGAGGACACUGGCUUAAAAGUUCAUGUUGGAGAAGAACCAAAGCUGGAUGCUGCAGUGGCUAGAAGCAAUGAUGUUGAGAUAGUACCAUCAGAUGGUUUGAGAAACAGGAAACAACCCAAUGCAAGAGGAAGCAGGACCGGGAGCCCUACUGCUGAUACCCCAGCACGGGGAACUGAAUCCAGUCUAACUGCUGGUGCAGACCUGGAAACUGCUCCAGCUCCUUUGGUGGUAGAACAUCAUCAAGGCUUAGGGGCUAGUGAUGGUGGUGGAUGGAUUGCAAAGAUUGCUGCCUUACUUGUGGCAGAGGACCCAUCACAGUCAUAUGCUUUGAUAUGUGGCAACUGCCAUAUGCAUAAUGGCUUGGCCCGAAAGGAAGAUUAUCCGCAUGUUACCUACUACUGCCCACAUUGUCAUGCAUUAAACACAUCAAAGCAGUCCAUGUGGCAAUACUCGGGCUCCAACUCAGGGCGGUCAUCCCCUGUUGUUCUGGAUGAUGGUCUAUCCACUUCCAGUUCAGUACAAGAGACUGAAUUGAGUAACCUGACACACACUGCAGGAGCUACCUGAGGAAGGAAAUGCAGAGAAGCAAGAAAAGGCAAGUUGAUGGUUCACAGAACUUCUAUUGAUGUGUGUGGAACUACUUAAUCUUUAGACGUAUAUCGUCAUGUGUUCUGGUGGAGCCACAGAUUUAGCACUGUUGUAAAUUGGAAAUAGUGACUGAUAUGAUCCCUCAGAUACUUAGCACACACCCAAAAGAAGAAACUAGCCAUGGUGACAUCCUUGAGUGGAUGAUUUUUUGUUGUCAAUAGAGCGCGAAGACUUCCUGCUGCAUGACAAGAGUCACAAGAUGGUGCUGAAAAGCUAUAUAUGAUAAAUGAGGCAAUCUAACAGGUCAGAUGUGUAACGUUCAUACAAGAUGGUGUAGGAUAUAACAUAAUAUCAUUGCUUCGUUUUCUAUUUCUAUCAUUUUUAUAUGCACACGCUUGUUCAGAGACCA